GGCUGGGGGGGAGAUGGGGACAGCAGUGUCCCCUGCAGCCCAUCUCACCCCACCCUGCUCCCACCCCAGGAAACGGACCAGCUGGAGGAGGAGAAAGCCGAGCUGGAGUCGGAGAUCGCCGAGCUGCAGAAGGAGAAGGAACGGCUGGAGUUCGUCCUGGUGGCCCACGCUCCGGCCUGCAAGCUCCCCUUUGAGGACGUCGGCUCCUUGGGUGCCGGCCCCGCCGAGGUGAGCACCCUGGGCAAGGAAGAGCCGGCGGGGACCGUCGCCUUCCUACCCCCGGGUCCGUUCCAGCCGAGUGCCCAGGGCCCCUUCCCCAGCUGCUGCUUCGCACCCGGGGUCCCCUCAGGGCCACCUAACCCAUCCUAUACGUCUUCGUUUGUGUUCACCCACCCAGAGGGAGCCACCUGCGGAGCCUCGCAUCAGCGGAGCAGCAGCAGCGACCAGUCCUCGGACUCCUUGAAUUCUCCCUCGCUCCUCGCGUUGUGAAUGGGGUCCCUCCCCCCCAAAAAAAUGGGCACCUCCUCCCUCCCUGGGUGGUGUUUUUUGG